AUGUCUUCCAUCUUACAGUCAGUUUAUGGUGAUGAUUCCAUCGUCUACUUGCAAGCUUAUCUGACACUUUUGUAUGGUGAUGAGUUCUUAUUGGGAGUUAGGGUAUUGGGUAAAUCGAUUUGUGACACUGGAUCCAACAAAACUAUGGUCGCUUUGGUCUCUGAUGGUGUCUCCGAUUACUAUAAGAAACCUACUCAAGUUGUGUAUCUUGAUGUUGAUACUAUUGUGGUAAAGAAUAUUGAGGAUCUGUUUAAGUGCUCUAAGUUUUGUGCAAACUUGAAGCAUUCCGAGAGACUCAACUCUGGUGUAUGGUUGUCGAACCAUCUGAAGCUCUUUUUGAUUAUAUAA